AUGGCAGGGGCCGCGGCGGAGAAAUACGUCUCUGAUGCUCCUGUGGCUCAUGCCUACAAUCGUGUCACGGAGCUGGACGCGUUGAACCAGCAGACGGCAUCGGUGCGCAUACGAGAUGCCGAGGUGCAGGCGCGGCUACAGACGGGCGAGGCUUACUUGUACACGGUCGACGCGGAUCGCCGCGCAGAGAUGAUCAGGCAACAAGCACAGCUGAGGAGCGAUGACGCGGGGCAGCGUGUACAAAUGGCCGCUCUGGCUGCUUCUCUGGACGUAAAUGACGCUUUGCGUCGUUCAGACCUGCGCGGACAGGAAGCCGAGUUGAGGGUGCAGUCGGCCGUUGCAGCUGCAGAGGCGCGCCAGGCGAUCGCCGAGGCCAACUACGCCAGUCGGAGCGAGCGGCAACGUAACGAGAUCCUGCAAGAGAAAAUCACGUCGAUGCAGGCGAUGAUCGAAAAGCUCCAGAAGGAGCGGGACCCCCUCGACGAGAAAGAGCGCGUCGCCUCCGCUGGUUGCACUCAGACAGAAGUUUCUCUGGCGCACCUCAAGGAAGCAAACGCCGGUUUAAAGGCCGAGAAUGCCUUGCUGAAGCGAGCGGCUCUGCAGAAGGGACUCGCUAAGAGGUCUAAGCCCACUUCCCCUGUUCGAUCAUCUCCACACGACUCAGAGACGAGCAGUGUGUCAGAGGCUUCAGUGCCGGUGGGUAUCGCCUUGAGGAGGCGGCUGAACAGAGAAAGCAACAAGCCGCUGACUCCACCUGUUUCGCCGCACCUACUAGAGAGGCAGCGGCCACAGCGGACACCUACUGCUCCGCCUAUGGCUCCGCCGUCCCCUGCGCAUUCGGUAACUUCCUGGUCUCCUCCGCGAUUUGAACGGCCCGUGGAGGGCUCAGCUGUUUUUGGCGGAGUCCCCCCACCGACGGGUCGUUUCCGGUCUGCCUUUGGCCCCCAAUCGGGAGUCCCACCAAUGCGCGUGCCGCAGCCUGAGCCGCAGCGAGGGGUUUUCGCAGCGGCCUCACAGGCCCCUCGAGGCGGUUUUGCCCACGGUUUUUCCUCCGGCCCAAACUUUCCGCCCCCGCAACGGUGGUCCGAUGGGGAGGACGUUGAGGCGGAACCAGGGCUGCAGUUUGCGCCGAUCGGGCGCUGGCGUCACGGGAUGACGAACGACCUUCCGGCCGGGAGUCGUCCCUCGACUGACAUCAUCGGGGAGGUGGGCACCUACCCGAUGUUUAUUCGCACGAUAGCCGCGUCAACCCCAGGAGCGGCGAUUGCCCAGCUGGUGGGCACCAUCAAGCACGAGCCCAAUUUCAAUGUACGGAGGAUGCAGAGAAUCCUCACGUACUACGGGGAUUUGAUAAAAAAUCCCUCCCGAGAUAGUUUCGAGCUCCUAGGUUGGGAGCUCUACUAUCUUUUCCGGGAAAACUUGGUCCUCUCAGGUAGGCCAAAUAGUUUUAACUUGAAUGAAUAUCGUCGUUUAGUGUACGGCGAUCAGUUGCAGGACCCCGCGGCGGCUCUGGUUGAGCGGUGCACGACGGCGCCCACCACAACCCAUUACCGCGCCAUAGCGCAGCAGACCACUUUCCGCAAGCGGUCAAAACGGCAACGCGCCGGCUUCCAAGAAAGCGUGACUGGAACGCUCGCGGUACGGAGUCGAGAUCCCUUGCCAGGGCGGCGAGCACAGGUUUCGGGCACCCGAGUGGUGCCAGAACAAAAACAGCGGCAAAGUGGCCGUUGCCGUGGCGAAGCGCCCGGCCUUCCUGUGCCUCGGGAGGAAGACGCGAUAGAUGGAGUGAUACGUUUUCUUCAGUCCCAAAAGAGCGCAACGGUGGCAUCUCCUCCUUUAUGGAAGUCGGCGGUACGCGUCGUACCGAAGCCUCUGACGACACCGGAAAAGGCCAGCAGCAAUCCUUUCGCAAAGGUGAUGGAUUUCCUGCACUCCUCCAGCGAGGAGGUGGCCAGAGUCUCGAGGCCGGCGCCAAGGAUGCGCCAGCGCAAAGAAGCGCUCAAGAGCCCCAAGGAGGCUCGUCAACACUCGGUGGCCUUUCGUCCGCCUGCUCAGGUAGAGCAGGUCGAAAACCACGUCAUGGCCGACGGGCUCGCCGCGGCUGUCACGGCAGAGCCCAUCAACGUCGCCCAGUUCCGCGACCCGGAGCUACAGAAGCUGGCAGCUGCAGCCAAUGC